AGCUUACCUUUGACCUCUCCUUGACUUGUGACUCUAGGCUCUUUGGCGCGCCUGUGAUUCGGCGAGCCGGACCCCAGACCCAAAACAUGUUCCCGGUGAAGGUGAAAGUGGAGAAAUCAGAGUUGGAGAUGGCGAAGGCCCGGAACCAGCUGGAUGCGGUUCUUCAGUGUCUGCUGGAGAAGAGUCACAUGGACAGGGAGCGUCUGGAUGAGGAAGCCGGGAAGACCCCAACAGACCCCCACAACAAGGAUUGCUCCAUUGCAGCCACCGGCAAACGGCCAUCAGCUCGCUUCCCCCACCAGCGGAGGAAGAAGAGGAGGGAGAUGGACGACGGGCUGGCUGAGGGAGGACCCCAGCGAUCCAACACAUACGUGAUCAAGCUGUUUGACCGAAGCGUGGACUUGGCCCAGUUCAGCGAGAACACCCCCCUGUACCCCAUCUGUCGUGCCUGGAUGCGCAAUAGCCCCACCGUGCGUGAGCAGGAGCGCUCCCCCGGCUCCCCGCUGCCUCCACUGCCUGAGGACGAGGAGGGUUCAGAGGUCACCACCAGCAAGAAUCGGGAUGUGUACAAGCUACCUCCGCCCACAGCCCCUGGAGAAGCCUGCAGAUCCCGCAUCCCAUCCCCGCUGCAGCCAGAGACCCAGGGCACCCCCGAAGAUGAGCCCUCAGAGCCCGAGCCCUCAGCCUCCUCACUCAUCUACCGCAACAUGCAGCGUUGGAAGCGCAUCCGGCAGAGGUGGAAGGAGGCGUCUCAUCGGAACCAGCUGCGGUACUCAGAAAGCAUGAAGAUUCUCCGGGAGAUGUAUGAGCGACAGUGAUGGUCCCCCACCCCCCAAUAAACCUCCCUGCCUCCACCUGGCCUCUGCUUGCUCCAGUCCAACC